AUACUGCCUGCGACCCACGUCGCCGCGUGGAAGAAAUCGCACGUCAUGUGGUGCUAAUGCCAUUAUGCAUUAAGUUGUCGAUAUCGGGCGUCGAAGACGGCUCCAGGCCGUCGCAUGCCACCCCUGACAACCACAUGUCGUGGGUUGACGCCUGCAGUCCGAAGGCUGGGUUGUAGGCAUGGCGCCGAAGCAGCAGGGCGAGGGCGGCAAGGGCCCGAACGCCGCCCGUGGUCUUGCUGUGCGCCUACCGAACCUUGAGCUUCUGGAGCGGUUUGGAAUAGGGCCCGUCUCCCCAACAUCCCUAGGGAACCUGGCUGCCCAAGUCGCAAAGCGAAGCACACCUGGUAAAGACCCCCACAAGCCAGUGGCCCCACCCGAUGGCAAGGAGACACCCUGGACGCCAAAUGGGCCCAACAACACGCACGUGCCGUACCUGCGCAGUAGCAUCACGCCGCUCAUCGCAGGCAUAUUCGCGGAACAGAUGGCGAAACCCACAAAGCACGCCGUCAGCACGCACGCGGGCGCGGGCACCGGUGGCGGCGCUGGCACAGCGGCUGGCAGCGCGGGGGGAUACGCCAACACAGCCGCCAGCCGCGCACGGGCCACCAGCCGUCAGGUGGCCACAGGCGCUGCGGGUGCUGCAGCAAACGGCGCCGUCGGCAAAGCCCCUUCCUUGGUGGUUGCCGCAGCGGCUGUUGCGGCCCGGCAGGCAGCCUCAAAGGACAAUCCCACAGCCAAGUGGAAGCCAGGUGCCUCGGAGCCCAGGGGCGGGGCUGCGGGCUCUCCCGACCCACGUGCCGCUAGGGGUGCUGUGUCCACAUAUGCAGCGGGAGCUAGUAAAGCAGUCGCUGCAGGUAUGAAGCCGGCGGCAGCAGCAGCAGCUGCAGGGGCGCCACCGCGGUCGCCUGCGGCUGCGGCUGCGCGCGGCGGAGCGCCGGGUGCCGGUAUGGCAGCAUUGAAAUCCCCGAGAACUCAAUUCAUGGCGAGUAUGGACCAGCGGCCUACAGGCUCCGGGCCCAGCACGCCCACGUCCCGCCGGCCGGUCACGUCGCCGCAGCUUGUGCUGCCAGAGGGCGGCAUCAGCAGCCCUGCCGGGUCCACAACAGGCGGACCCGGGGCGCGAGGGCCCCGGGGCGCGCCCGUUGCCGGCGCCCCCCUCGCCAGCAGCAGUAGCAGCGGCGGUGGCAUCAGCGGCGGCCAAGCCAUUGGCAGUAGCAGCGGCAGCAGCGGUGUUGGGAAGAACCGGGAAGCGCGACCCAUGACCUUCAGCCAGUGGGCUGAGGCGACCGAGUUGGCGGCAUCGGGCUCGCUGACUGGCCGUGGGCCUCCCUCGGCCUCAGGCUCGCCGCCGCAAGGAUGGCGCAGCAGCAGCAACCGAGAGGCGCCGCCGCGCUCACAGCCGGCGGGGCCACAGGCGCGCGGUGGCAGGUCGCCGGCGCCCUGGAACCAGGUGGCUGCUGCGGAGCUGCCCACGGCGCCCGGGACUGUGUUGCCGCCAAUGCACGCAGCCGCACGCUCGCCAACUGCGGCCGCCACGGCUACUACCACAGCCGCGGUUGCUGCCGCCGCGCAGCGGCCAACGGUGACGCCGGCAGCUGCAGCUCGUGUGGCUGGGGCUCGUGCGGGCAGCGCUGCGCCCCUGCAGGCGGCGGUGCUGUCAUCCCGGCAUGUCUCAGGCGGCCGUGGUGUGACCGACUCAGACUCUUCACUGACCUUCGCAGCUGCGCAGUCGGGCCUGCGUGCCUCGGAUGCGUCGCUUCCCUCCGCAGGCUCCGGCGGCUCUGGUGUGGGCCUGCUUCGUCUGGACUCAGGCGGCGUCGAGGCGGGAUCUACAGGCGCUGCCGGCGGCGGCAGCUCCCGGCGGCGCCUUAUAAGGGCUCCCCAUCUGGCGGCGUCUGACGCCAGCUUGUCCGAACUGUCUAGCUGGGCCAUUCUUGAAAGCAGCGCGCAGGCCGCAGCACUUGGUGACGGCAGCGGCAGCGGCGCCGCUGCCUCGUCCGCCGCUCUCUCGCCCACCGGCUUUCACAGCCACCCCUCCAUGACAACGCUGGCGCUGCAGGGCGGCUCCCAAACAAUGCCGUCGGGUCUGGACGCGGUGGCCGCGUCCGGCAGCCCCAGCCUCAGCGGCGGCGCUCGGCGUUGGCUCGGUGUAAGCGGCGAGGGCAUCACAGGCGCAAUCGUGGCUGCGACGGCGGCCCUGGCAGGCCGUGAGGGUGGCCGGCAAGGUCCGAGCCCGCCGACGCCGCCCUUGGUGUCUGCUUCCGCGCCCGCUGGCAGCAGUGGAGGACCGGGCGCCAACAAAGUCGGGCCAGAUACAACAGCCAUCUCCGAGCCCCGCUCGGGUGGCACGGCGCCGGGGCUUGCAUGGGAGUCAGGCAAGGCGUUGAACGCUGCGUCGCCCCCGCCGGCUCCACAACCGGAUGCGCUUCCGCCGCACGCCACCAGCACUCUGCCCUCGCCGCCGUCGCCCGCGCCGUCUGCCUCACCAACGCUGGCGGGCGGCAGCAGCCGAAGCCUGGGCCUCGGAUUUGGGGCGCCUAGCGCCACGAAUGCACCACCUGCGCCUCUGCCAGCGCCACCGGCGCCUCUGCCUCGGCAUGACUCGGGCGACCUAGGCCUGCCUAUGCUGCAGCCCCUGUCUCCAACCCCUGACUCCCGGUCGCUGACGACAGCACAGCAGAACCACCGCUGGCACCGGAGCAGUGUGCUUGGAGACGGCGCGUACGCUGCUGCCGCAGAAAGCAGCACACUCGGGCCGCAGGCACACGCCCCGGCACAGCCGCUGCCGAGGGCGGCGGCACCAAAGGCAGCGGCUGGACUCGCACCAGGCGGCGGCAACAGCCGCCCGGCGGCGGCGGCGGACGUGGCGGCGGCGGCGUCCGCUGCGGCGUCCCGGACGGCCGCCAUGGGUGGCAAGGGGCCGGCGGCGCACACGAUUGACGCCGACAUGACAGACGAGGGCGAGUCCGACGGCGAAGCAGCGGCGCCGUCAGCCGCCGCCGUCGCCACUGCAGCGGUGGUGAAUGAGGCCCGGGGAAGCAUGCUGCGCCCGGGCGGCGGCGGCGGGCGGCAGCAGUACAGCAAUGACAGCCGAUCGGAGUACGAUAUGCUGUGGAAUGGAGAAGAGUUUGACCGCUCGUCCAUCCCGGAAGAUCCCUACCCAUACAACGGUGACGACGUCGUGCGGCACGCCAGCGUCACCGGUCGCUUCUCGAACCCCUCAUAUGCCGCAGCGCCGCUGUCGCCUCCCGCCAGCGGGGUCAAUGGCGCCGGCGCCGGGCCUGGCAUUGGACACCGCCGCGCCGCCAGCGGCAACGCCGCCCUCACGCAGUCGGGCGCCGGCGGACCACACAGGUCUGCUGCGCCAAACCGCGCCAUUCUGGGUCUCCUAACGGAAGGCAUGCCCGACGGGCCUCCUACUGGCAAGGUGCCUUUUGGCCGCAGUGCCUCCGCCCGCACGCCACAAGCCGGUGGCGGCGGCGGCGGUGGUGGCGGCGGCGGCGGCGAUUAUGCGGGCCUGCCGCCGCCAGGCAGCCCGGGCAUGGCGCGGUCGCCGGUGGGCUAUUAUAACCAAGGCGGCGGCGGUGGCGGCGGCGGUGGCGGCGGUGGCGGCGGCGGCGGCGGCGGCGGCGGCGGCGGCGGCGGCUUCCGUGGCUCUGAGGAAACCACCAUGGCUGGUGAGCUGCUCGGGUCACGCAACUGGCGCAUCUCCGAGGCCGGGCCCAGCACUGCCAUGGGCGGCCGUGGUGGCGGCGGCCCGGACAGCAGUGAGCCGGCGGCGGCGGGCGCCGUCGCCGCCUUCCAUGCAGCGCCUGUCGUACCCGGCUCCCAACGGCCGUCGGUUGUGAGCACUGGAUCCGUGGCUUGGCCUGGCAGCGCCGGCCAGUCGCGCGUGGGCAGCGCCGCUCAGGUCGGCACCGGCGGCGGCGCUGGCUCCAGCCGCGUAGGCGGCGGUGGUGAUGGAGGCGGCGGCCGUAGCAGCAGCGGCAGUCGCUCAGCGGGCGCUGCCGGCGCCGUCGUCACAAGCCACCCGGUAGUAGCGGAGGAGCCGUCGUGGAUGCCUGACGAUGAUGAUGAGCAGGUUGGCGGCGAUGGUGGCGGCGGUGGAAACGCUGGCGGCAGCCGGGGCGCACGGCGCGAGGACCGCGGCAGUGGCACGGACAGCGGCGGCCACAGCAACGCCGCCACCGUGGGCGACAACAGCCCUGCCGACAGCCUCCACACCUCCUUCGCACGGCCAGCUGCUGCCUCCUCCCUGGCGCCACCGGGUACAUCCAUCACGACGCCUGGUCUAGGGCGGCCGCCACUGCCGCUGACAACGACCACAAUCGUGCCGUCACGCUUCCGCAGCGCCAGCCCUGGCCGCGGUGCCGGCGGCGCGCCGCCGACACUACCCUUGCCGCCGUUGCUGUCGCCGACGGCGUCGCCGCCGCUGGGGGCUGUGCGCCGUAGCUAUGCGGCGACGUCGCUGCUGCGCUCGAGUCAAUCGGCGCCGCCGCUGCGUCCUGUGACAGCUGCUUACGGCACCGGCGUGGCAGAAUACGACGAAGCAGCGCUAGCUGCCGCCUGUGCCGCUGGCGGCGCCUACGCGCGCGCCACGAACCCACCUGCGCUCAUGCUGCCCUCCCCCGCAGCCUUCCCCGAGCAGACGCUCAUGGGCAGCCCGCAGGCGCACGCCGUCGGCGGCACACCGACCUCCUCCACGGCAGCAGCGGCGGCGGCAGCAGCGGCGGCGGCAGGGUCUCCACGCGCGGGCCGCUCAGCCACUGUGCCCACCGGCGUCAUCGGUGGACCAUCCGCCGCCGCCAUGAGGGCCUUGCCCAUGUCCGCUGGCGGCGGCGGCGUGGCGGCGGCAGCGGCAGCGGCGACGGUGACGCAGCCACCGGCUUCGGCACCUGGCGGCGCCGGCGCGGCUUCUACGGUGACCGGUAUGGGUGGCGUGCCAAGUAGCAGCCUCCGCGCCAGCACCCAGGUCCCGAGGACCGGCUCUGCCACCUCUCUGGCGCGACGCAGCUUCGUGCACCAUCUCAGCCUGGCCUCUAGGGCCAACGGCGCCGGACCUGGCGGCGCCGCAGGUGGCGGUGGCGGCGGCGGCGGCGGGCUAUCGCUCCGGUCGUCGGUGCUGAUGGGCGCUGGCACCGCGGCGGCGGCUGCUAUGGAGGGCGUCCGCGGCAGCGUAGGCGCCAUGAGCAUCGGCGGCUUCAGCGCAUUGUCGGGACCGCAGCCCGACGCCGUGUAUCCCAGCCACGGCUACGUGGAGCGGGCUGCCGAGUUCGGGCGCUGGGAGGCGGCCAUGUUGUACGACCUGGACCUGUACGACAGCCUGCAGCUGGCGGGCUUUCCAUCGGCCGAGGAGUAUGAGGACCCCCACUACGAAAUGGAGGCGCCCGCGCCGCCGCCCACCAACCCGCCGCACCUGCGUGGCGGCCCGGCCCCAACCCCCACAUCACCGCCAGGCGCUGCCGGUGCCGCCGGUGCUGCUGGCGGCAGCCUCACAGGCAGCACCGGCGGCAGCUUCACAGGCGCGCAGCCGGCGCAGCAGGCUUCGCCGGCUCGAGGCAUGGCCGCUGCUGCGCUGGUGCCUUCCAGCCCAACGGUGCGCGGUGCAGGGACGUCCAUGGACGGCAGUAGUGUCACCGUCACGGGCGGCAUCGGGCCCCAGCCCUCGUCGUACGUGUCACCCGCUGCGCCGCCACUGGGGGUUAUGACCACCAAUUCGGCAUUUGAGGACCACGGGCCCGGCGGAAGCGGCGUCACGCCCUCUACUGUGACAGUAGCCAUGGCGUCCUCCCUCUACAGCCACCGCUCCCCAACCGCUGCAGACGCCGCGGCAGCGGCAGCGCUAGCGGCGCCGCUGGCAUUGCCGUCGCGGCUGCGGUCAGGCAGCGGCUCCGGGGCUGCCAGUGCUACAGCCUCAUACACGCCGUCGCCUGCCAGACCGGCUGUAGCAUCGGCAUCAACAGUGGCCACUUCGGUGCCGAGUCAGUCCAAGCCGCCGCCUCUCGUCCUGACGACGUCGCCACCCGUGUCUGGCUCCCACGCAACGCCGCUGACAGCGACGAUGACGAUGCGUUUGCUAACGCAGCAAGCGCUAGCAGACCGCCGGCCUACUGUGGUUGCGCACAUGCUCUCGGCCAACUCUUCAUACUCGAGCGGCCGCUCGGAUGCCGACGCAAGUCCGGCCGCGGCUGUAGCGUCUACCAUUGGUGAGGCUGCUGCCGUUGGGGCGGAGGCUGCUACUGCCGGUGGCGGAGCUACAGCUACAGCUACAGCUACAGCUACAGCUGCUGCGGCUGCGGCUACGGCUGCUGCUGCGGCUGCUGCUGCUGCUACUGCCCGGGCGGGCUCCAGGCCGCCGCUGCCGCGGCGGGAGGUGUCAAGGGUAAUGGAGGCGCUGAGUCCGGCUUACAACACCGAUGUGCCCUCGCAGGCCCGGCCAAACACAGGUGCUUCCAUGUUGGAACUGCUAGAUGAGCUCAUGGAGGAGGAGGCGCCAGACCGCCGCCAGCAGCCCAGCGCCGGCGACGCGCGGCAGCAGCAGCCUGAAUCACCCGGAGCCACCGCAGCAGCAGCCACCGCCACGACUGACAGGUCACCAGGCGCAGGCGCAAGCCGCAGCCGCGGCAGCACUGAGGACGGGGAGGUCGCGGCCUGGCGAUCGCAUUCCGUGGGGCCAUCGCCAUCGGGGCGGCCGUCGACGUCCCCAUCGCAGUUGCCGGCGCCGCAGUCGCAGCCGCGCGACUCAGCGGGAAGAGGCGGCGGCGGCGCUGGCGACAGCCCAUGGCUGCCCCCGCCACCCCACAGUGCACAGGCGCCGCCGGCAAGCGCGGGAGGUGCCGCCGGCAACGACCGCGGGCUCCGCGGGCGGACACAACGACGUGAUUCGAGUCACAGCGGUGAGGGCUCGACGGAUGCGGCCGGCGUGCGGUCGUCAAACUCGACACUGGGACCCCAGCGCAGCUCCUCCCCUGGAGAGCCGAGGCAGGCCGCUGGCAGCAGCACGCGCAGCGUAGGCCGCAGCGACGUCGGAGGGCGUGGCGCCGUUGCCAUUUCGCCCCGGGGUCCCGCUGCCGCAGGCGUGCCCGUUGCGGCGGUGGCGCCGCCGCCGGCCGCCUUGCCGUACAUCCCGCCACUGCCGGUGGCGCCGUGGGACUUUCCUGGCCUGACGUCAUCUGUACACAUGUACGGCAAUCAGAUGUACGACUUGAUGGCAUCCAUGGCGUCGCUACGCGCCGGCAUGCUUGCCGGCGGCGCCUGGCCGCUGCCGCCGCCGCCGCCGCCGCACGUGUACGGCAGCGCCAUCGGCCUGCCGCCGCCCAUUCUGGAGGAGUCAUCGCAGGGGCAGCAAGAGCAGGAGGAGCGCGAGCAGCAGCAACAGCAACAGCAGCACCGGGAGCAGCGCCGUAAUGUUGGCGGCGGUGGCGUUUACGGUGGUUACGGCGGCGGUGCGCCCACAGCAUCAGGGCUGAUAUCGCCGUCCAGCUCGGCCGCCGGAAGCGCCGCAACGUACGGUGCACUCCUGCGCCACGACAACAGCACCGUGGCCGGCAGCACUCUCGCGGACACAAUCCCCCGCACGUCAACUACAAUGCCGUCAGGUGCCGCCGCCACGCACGGCCAGCAAGCCACGCAUGCCGCAGUAACGGCAGCACUGGCAGGGAUGCAGCCGGGUGCAGCUGCAGCCGCAGGCUCGGGAGCAGCAAGAGCAGCAGAAGCGGCAGCAGUGGAAGCGGAGCGCCGAUGGUCGCCAGGCUCAGUGGCGGCCGCGGUGGCGGCGUGGGAGGCGACCGUGCGCGGCACAGGCCCGGCGGCCCACUCGCUACCACCUGACGCACUCGCAAGCGGAGGAGACGGCAGCGGCGAUUCGCGCGCCAGCACGGCAACGCCCGUGCAAGGCUAUGCCAGCGGCGGCGCCACGCCACCUACAGCCGGAGUUGGCACAGCAGGCCGGCGGUUUGCCAUGCCAGCUCCCUCCGAAGCACGAGCGGCAGGAGGAUGGGCAGCAGCUGCAGACGCACCAUUCGCACCUUACGUGCCGUACCCUUGGACUGCCCCCCACACUUCGGCGGCACCGCCAUCAUCGCGAUCGCCGUACGACGUCGCCGGCCACCACGCGCCGCCAAUGCCGUAUUCCCCGUAUCUUCCACACCCUGGCUACCCGCCCUCGCCGUAUGGCUUCCCGCCGUUCCCGCAACCUUAUGGCAGCGUGCCGUACCCUGGGUACGGACUCUACCCGCCCCAGACGCCGGCGCCUGCCACUCCCGCCGCGCCGCUGCCGCCUCACAGCGCCCCUCCUCAUGGCACUGCCAGCACGCCAUUUAGCGCCGCCAGCGCCGCCUGGGCCCAGCGGCCGCAGCCUGUGCCUCCGCACCGCGGCAGCAGCAGCGGUGCUGGCGCCGGCACGGCUGGCGGCACCGGCAAUGGGGCCAGCUCCGCCGGCACGUGCGGCGGCGGUGGCGGCCGCGGCCGCAGCCAUGUCAGCAUUGAGGCCAUUCAGCGGUUGCUUGAGGCCGACCUGCCCACAUCCGCGAUCGCGGCCGCUGUGGCCGUCCUGGCUGGCAGCCUGCCGCAGUCAGCAGCCGCAUCAGCAGCAGCUGCAGCAGGCAUCCCUGGCCCCGCCGCAGAGCCGUCCCAGGUAGCGGCAAAAGGGGCUCCGGAGAACCAGCAGCCAGUGGCCUCCGGCAGCGAGGGCGCAGGCGCGGGCGCAAGCUCCCUUGCACACAGUGCAGCCGCUGCUUCUGGCAGUGGAAGCGGCGGGCCCCGGGGCUCUCGCAUUCCCGCUCCGCCGCACUCACUGACGACUGCUGCAGCAGCCUUGCGGCAUUCGGCGGCGCUCGGGAUGCGGCAGUCGGGGGCGGUUGCAGCACAACGGCAGUCCAGCUCAAACCUGUCCCGAUCCCAUGCGGCGCUGCUAGCGCUGGCCGGAGAAAAAGGCAUGCCUCCAAAGGCUCUUGGAGACGAGCCGCCAACUUCAGCUGCCACCACCGAUAGUUUGGCGAGGGGAGGCGCCGCAGGUGGUACUGCCGCCGGUAGUGCCGAGGAGGCAGACACCAUCGGCGUUGACGAAUUGUACAAGUCGCUGGUGGCUGCGGAGACGGCGGCGGUGGUGGCGGCGGAGACGGCGGCAGCGGCGGCGGAGCUGGAGGCCGAGGCAGUGGCGGCGGCAGCUGCAAGGGCGGACACGGCGGCGUUGGCGUCGCCCCUGCCGAGGGUGGCGGAGCCGGCGGCGGCAGUGGCACCGUCGCACACAGUGUCAGGCAUGCCAGGCGUGGCGAGUGCACCUGAUGCAGCCUCGGGUGUUGCCUCGGUUCAAAGCAUGACGGCGACCUUGCCGGCCAGGCGCGCCGUUGUUUCGCCCACGGCCGCAGCCACCGCAGCCGCAACCGCAGCUGGCAGCGCGGUUGAAAGUCCGCGCGCCGGCCUCCAAGCUCCCGCGCCCGCUUCCGCCGGUGUGGCGGCGGAGCUGCCUGACCACCCGCUGCUGCGCGCCGUGCGGCUGAUCGCGCAGAGCAUGCUGAUCGUUGUGGCCGGCGCCGCCGGCGCCACCGCCGCCGCCAGCUCGGUCAACGCCGUGCUCGUGCGGCCGGAGGACCUGCCGGGGCCUGACGGCAGCAGCAGCAUCCUUUACCGCCGCACGUGGAGCAGCGCCGGCGGCAGCCCGCAUGGCGGCGGCGGCGGCCGGACGGCGGGGCGGGGGCAGCCCCCUGGGUCCCGGCGUGCGGGCGGCUUUGGUUAGCGCCUCAGUGGGCGGCCAGUGACGGUGCUGGAGACAGUGCGUACCAGGCAUGAGGAUGAGGGGAUGACGUCGCAUGUGAAACGAGUAGGACGCAAUGUGCACGUGCUUUGGGCGAAGGACGAGUCACGCGUGGACGACGCGCACGGGCAUCCGGCCGAUGCCAGAGCGCAGGGAUAACAAUGAUGAGUCCCCUUGGGGCAGGAAUGCAAGACGCUAGCAAUCAGGCAGUGAUACCGUUUUGUGUGAGCCGUGUGCGGUUGCCGGACUAACGGUAACUGGGUGGAAACAUGCCAAACGCAAGAGCUGUUGUCUCCAUAUGGAAUUAUGGAUGGUGAGUGGCUGAUUGGGGCAUUGGGUAGCAGGACAGACUUACAGUGUGCGGCUGGCAUGUUGCUGGGCAUCUUGCCAGAGAGAGCGAGAGUGGAUGACUGGACGGUGCACCUUUGUGUGAAACUGUUUGCUGGAGCGGGUACUAGGCAGCAACUGGAAGGAGUAUUGGGACAUUGUGUGGGAUCGUGAUGGGGAGCACCGAGCAUUGAUUACGAUUAAUUCCCACGAGGA